AUGCAAUUGCUUUCUGUUCUCCUGAUUUUUGCUGUUAUUGACAAGGUGUACGGAGGUAUGUUCAAUGGACCUUUCCCUUUAUAACUAAAAUUUUGAUUUAGACAAGUCUAGACAAAAAUUCCAUCACAACUUGAAAGAGCAUCACAAAAUUAGUAAUAUUCCAAAGUUUCGUUGCGAAAUGUUGUAAAAUGCGGAUAAUAUAGCCUUGCGAAAUUUGCAAUUUUCAGUCAUUUUAGAUUACAAACGGAAAAUUGUGCCCCAACACCCAACUGGGCUGUCAAUUUCCCGUGCGUAAUACAAAAUGACUGAAAAACGGCAAAUUUCGCAAGGCUAUAUUAUCCGCAUUUUACAACAUUUCGCAACGAAACUUUGGAAUAUUACUAAUUUUGUCAUGCUCUUUCAAGGUGUGAUGAAUUUUUGUCUAGAUCAAAAUUUUUGUUAUAAGGGUGAAGGUCCUCAGUGUAGGUAGUGCCAAUAGUAAGAAAGCUGCGGAUUGGUAGGGAUACAGCUACAUACAACUAGGGAUACAAGACAUUUUAAUAGUAGCAAUCACAGUUUUUCAGAUGUGAAAAUUCAAGCCCUAUCACCCCAUUCAUGCAUACCGGAAGCAAUGAUGCCCGCAAAAGACAUAGCUGCGUGGCAGGCCCAUUGAAUAUAGGCCUGCAACAAUCUCAGGGAAAUUUGGUAUUUCGGGACCGUGAGAGGACUAUUGGUUGAAAUCAUAAUGUAUGCCAAAAUACGCAUAAAUUACUGUGGCGCAAUAUUUAUACGCUUUCAAUAAAUGCGUAUAUUUUUGAAGGAGUACUGUCGGAAUUUGUGUUUUAAACUAAAAAAAGAACAGCUGGAAAUUGGCAGGUUUUCUCAUUGGAUAUCUGCUUUGACAAGUUGAAGAGCAUGGAUACAAACCCAUGCACGUGUUGGUAUUUCUCUAAAUAAUACAGUAGCUAUACCAGAUCAAUUUGAAAAUACUGAUUGACAAAUUAUGUAUCGUAUUAAGAACGUGUUGCUUUAUGUAUUAUGAAACUUACUACUCGAACUACAAACGUUGCUUUUAUCGGUUAUUAUGAGUUUUAAAACGGACUACAAACUACAGUGCAAUUUGGGGUCUCUGUAAAGAACGGAAACCGAAACGAUCGAAUCCGGAAACGACCGAAACCGGAAAUUCCCGCAUAACGAGUAAUUGCUGACACACUAUUCUUGACACGCGGUGGUUUCUCCAGAGUUCACUCGACUCAGUCUUUCGCUCGAGUUAUGUAUUGUCGAGAUCGAGAUCUUGUGUCUGUCUGUGAAGAUGUCGUAAUCCGGGGGGAAUAAUUAAGCUUCAGAAACGUUUGUUAAAUGAGGGGAACGGUCAGAAAUUAGCUUGUGUACAGCCGUAAAUUCUCCCGACUCCCGUAAUUACGGGAGAAUUUACGGCCGUACACAGGCUAUCAGAAACGAGAUUUAGUUAAUACGUAUGCAAGAGAUUUCAUACGGAUGGAAGAGAUCGAAAAUAUUAGGAAAAAUUCUGGUAAGUUUGGCUCUAUUUGUUUCUUUUAAAAUACAUCAGGGCGAUGACCUUUUUAGUGUUCGAUCCAGAGGCAAGCAAUGUGCUUUUAUGAGUUAAUAUCGGCACUUUUAACUGCCCAAAAUAUACCACUGAUCGAAUGGUCAAAAAAAAUUUAAUAAUGUCGUAUUACAACGAGUCAAAAUGUACAUGCAAGAUCUGAAUGAUCACUUUGUUGUCUUAGAACCUGCCCAAAAUAUACCACUGAUCGAUUGAUCAAAAACAACAUUUAAUAAUGUCUUAUUACAAGGAGACAAAAUGAACUUGCAACUUGCAAGCUCUGAAUGAUGGCUUAACUGCUGUCUUAAUACCUGGUGUCGAAUUCUUAUCUGUAGGUACCUUUAAUUUGCCUAAAGUUGUCAGUGUUUCAAGUUGUACGAACAGGUUUUCUUAAUUAAUACGAAUAUUUGAUUUCGUGAUCGACACACAUAAUGUGCCAGCUGUAGUCAGUGUAGUGCUAACCUGAGUAUCAGGCUCUAUUUUAUAAAUAAUUUAAUAGCCUGACACAAACCUUAAUCCGAUCGCUUUCCACCCACAGCAAAGUUUAUAUUUAGUAUCCAAUCAAAUUAUCGGAGGAGAAAUUUAAGUUUCGCACAACAACAACAACAAUCUAAUUAUAGUAAUGUUGUGCUCACUAUAAAAUAUAUCAACAAAAAUGGUAUAAUCUAAUUAGCACCAACCAAUCAAAUGACAGAUUAAAAAAUCAUUUGUCUCAUAGACCAAUCAGAUUUACAACCGAAAUAUGGUUGUACGGCAUGGACUUUUGUUAAGGCCUGAUCCCAGGUUAGUGUAGUGCAUGCGAAAACAACUACAACACCUGUGGAUCCCUUUGAUGUACAAAAUAACAUUGAACUACCCAUAGUUAUAGGACAAAACAGUAACAGUGCAGCCAUGGUGGUGCGAUAGAACAAUAACAGUCUACCCAUUGUGGUAGGGCGAAAUAAUAACAGUCUAACGAUGCAUUGUGGGUACAAAAUAUCAUUUGACUACCCAUAGUGGAGCUAUAGCACAUUGAGGCACAAAAUAACAUUGUCAUUGUUGUGCCCGUUGUGGUAGUGCCUAUUAAUUAAGGCACAAAAUAAUAUUCGACUACCAAUUGGUGGUAGAGCCUAAUGAGGCAGAAAAUAACAUUCGACUACCCAUUGUGAUAGAACCAGUUGAGGCAAAAAGUAUUAUUGAUCUGCCGACUAUGGCAAAAAGUAACCUGAUCUAUCCACUGGGGUAGAACACAAUGGGCAAUUCCAGCUUUUAAUUUAUGUGCGCAGGGGGAUGACGGGAAAUAAGGUAUCAUAUUGCUGAUUAUGCUGAAAAUUUUCAAUAAAAACUGCCGAAACAUCCGAAAUAUUUCAAUAUUUACAAAGAUAAGCUAUACCACUCUGUGUUCACAUGUCCACCAUUUUUAUUUUUUCAGCAUAAUCAGCAAUAUGAUAGUUUACUUUCCAUCCUGCCUUGUACGCAUAAACCAAAGCUGGAAUUGCCUAUUCUGUAGCGCCUAAUAUCUCGUGCUACCAAUUAUUUUUUCUAUACAGUAGUUUUGCAAUUCUGAAGGAUGUGAACGGUGCUGGAUGAAACCAAAUGGUUGUUACAGUCAAAAUAUAAUAUUAGGAGGCUUUGCCCCCCACCGGAAAAAGUGAAUUUCCGCCACUGCUUUAAGUUAAAGUGACUUGGAAAUCACAAAAUAUUAAAAACACGUAUUAGGAUUCGGUAAUACCAAAAUAUACGUGAGGAAUGAUCAGAAUGAUUUGGUAGCAGUUUGCUAGCAGUCGGAAUAGCAUGCACGUGCGAGUUAUUUUGAUUCGUGCCAACGCACAUGUUUUCGCUCGUGGUUUCGUAUUUCGUUUCUCAGUUUAACAAAUGGAUAGCAUUUUUUAAGGCGGGAGUCGACACUUAAAAUCCCACACAUACUUCCAGCGUCAGGCUUUAUACAAUUGACAGCGCGGGAGGCCUACUGUUUGUGAGCCAGUUAAUAGCCUAAUAACCUUCCAAUAACAAAAAACUUCAAUCAAACUUUUCAACGUCUUGUUUUUAAAUAAAGUUGAACGGUCAUUCACAAACACAUAUAACCCAAAACAUGGGCUUAGCAAUCAACAUAGGAUUAAUAGUGCUAACGGGAGUGACGAGUUUAAUUAAUUGAACAACAGGCAUCGGAAGUGCAUAUUUUAUAGUUAUCGUAAACUGUACAUUGUCAUAUCUGUAUUAAUUUAUCACUUACCGCAUGUUCUUCGUUCUAAUUAUUUGUCCUCAUUCUUUCCAGCUAUACCCCUGAGGUUGCAAGGUCGAGUAAGCCCAAGUUAUGGCAUUGGCCGUGUGGAAGUAUUUUACAAUGACAAGUGGGGGACAAUCUGUGAUGAUAGAUGGGAUAUAAAUGAUACUAAGGUCGUAUGUCAUCAACUUGGUUAUAAAUAUGCUGUUAAAGCACUUCAAGGGCGUGAUGUUCUUGAUGGUACUGGACAGAUAUGGUUAGAUGAUGUCUCUUGUACUGGGAGUGAACAAAGCUUGAGCAGUUGUUCUCAUAUGGGAUGGGGAAUUGAAGACUGUAGCCACAGUGAAGACGCAGGAGUAAUAUGUUCUUCAACAUCAGGUAAAAUCAUGUUAUUCAACAAUUCUUGAAUAUGAGGUUGAGCAUGGUAUGAAAAAUUAUCAAGCUCAAGUUUGUGUUAUCAAGUAUCAACCGGCCGAGGCGGCCGAAUGAUAUUUUGGACUCGCAUUCAACUUUCUUCGGCAUGACGUCAUGGUAGAUUUUUCAUGUCAACGUUAUGACGAUAAGGUAAUUGAUAUGAUUUUUAUAUCAAUGUCAUGACAUUACCUCGUUGAUAUGACGCGUAUGAUUCCACAAUUGGCUGUCAGGACCCCAUCAGACCCUUUGCAUUUUUUAAAUAAAUGAUAAAUUGUUUCAAAUUAACCAGUCGUAUGAAACUGUGACACACAUUACUCACAAUAACUCCUAGAAGAAUAUAUUUUACUACUUUUCGCGAACAUAUUUUGUCAUUUUCGUUCUUUUGCAUGUUAUAUUUGUAUCAGACGUGGCUAAGACAAUCUAUUCCAAAUAAUCCAAGUAAUUAACAUAGCGGGAUACCAAUUAUUUCGAAGAAAUCGUACGUAAAAAAAUCUAUCGAAUGUAAAAUAUCGACUGAUCUUCACAAUAAUGACAACGAAGCUCUAUGGCUCCUAUUACGACCAAAAUGCCUACCUCGAGGAUUCUCGCAUAUUAUAGCUGCUGUUGUCUAUCAUCCACCCGAUGCCGACAAUAACGCAAUGAAGGAAUAUAUCUUAAAAACUCAUUGGAAUUUAUCAAGUCAAAUUAUCCAAACAGCGCUGUAGUCCUAGCUGGUGAUUUUAAUAAACUUUGUUUCAAAUUUUCAGCAAAGUACUUUCAUUUAAAACCUAUUACAAACGUACCUACAAGAGGCAAUAGUACUUUAGAUCAGAAUUUUAAUAAUUUACAAGAUUUUUACAUGGCACCAAAUAGAAGAUGUCCAUUUGGACUAUCUGAUCAUCUCACAAUUACUGUUUUCCCGGUAAUACGGCAAAAGUCAAUGUCCGAAAAGAAAACAACAAUAAAAGUGCGUGAUAAAAGAAGAAGUAGUGUGUCUCUAGUCUUGACCGGUUCUCCCAGAACGUCCCGUAGGAAGAUAUUAUAUCGUCAGUUCAACCUCCUGUGAAAAACUCAAAAUUUUCACUGACAUAAUAAAUUACGGGCUUCUUACGUAAGCGUACUCAAAGAGUUAAAGUGAAUUAUGAAUGCCAUUCCAAUGUACUGCAAGACCCGGCUGGGGUACCCCAAGGGACCAAAUUGUCUCUAUCGGCCUCUAUCUCGUAUAUAACUUCUCAGUUACAAGAUUUGGUGAACAAAAACAAGACUGGUUCUGAUAUUUCCGCUUUGCCAAAGCAACCUUGCGUAUCGGACGAGCUUACUGAUUAUGUAGAUGCCGACAGUGCUGGUGUUGAUAAUUCUUUUGUCAUACAAGAAUCGAUUCGACUAAUCCUCGAACGAACAAUGGGAGCACUACCGAACCACGGCCAAUUAAGCGUGAAGAAUACAAUAAUCAGUUUAACGAGUUAAACGGGAAUGCUUCCGAAAAUCCUAUAGAAGUGAACCCAAAUAGUCCAUCCGCUGAUGUUUCUAUAGAAGAUAAUAAUAAUACGAAAACACAUCACCCUACCUACGCAGAAAAAACGGCUAAUCAAACAGCUACCAAAACAAAUCACCAAGAUCCUAUCAAGAAUAACCUAAGCAAGAAAUCGGAGCAUACCUCGAAGAGUGUGGUUUCUGAGGUCGGACAGUCGCCUGAUGAUUUUAUUGGAGAAAUUGUUCGUAACGGGAAUCGCCGAAAGUGUAAACGAAAGUCAAAUCCUUUCUUACCUCAAUCAAAGAAAUAUUUUCCACACUUAUAUCUCGGUUUUUCGAAGCCGCCGUCGAGAGACUCUUUCGUGUAA